AUGGCAAACAAUGGCAGCGUUUUGGUAACAGGAGCUUCAGGCUAUAUCGGAAGCCAUUCUGGAUACGAUGUUGUUGCUCUUGACAACUUUACAAAUUGCGUACAAGGACCAAAUGGAGAAUCUGUAGCACUUAGACGUGUUGAAGAAAUCACCGGCAAGAAAAUUGUCUUUUACCCUUGCGAUCUACUUGACGUUGAUUUCUUAAAAAAGAUAUUUGAACAACACAAUAUUGCUUCAGUGAUUCAUUUUGCCGCUAUGAAAGCUGUAGGCGAAUCUAUGCAAUUUCCAUUGCUGUAUUAUAAAAAUAAUCUCAUUGGAAUGAUUAAUUUACUUGAGAUGAUGAAAGAACAUAACAUAUUUAAUUUGGUAUUCAGUAGUUCGUGUACGGUAUAUGGAGAACCGGAAAAGCUCCCAAUAACAGAAGAAAAUGAAACUGGAAAAAAUGUAACAAAUGUUUAUGGACGAACGAAAUAUUUCGUUGAAGAAAUGCUUCGUGAUUUAUCAAAGGCAGAUGAAAGAUGGAAUAUUAUUGCUUUGCGUUAUUUUAAUCCUGUAGGGGCACAUAAAACAGGAAAAAUUGGUGAGGAUCCUACAAAACCUUUCACAAAUUUAAUGCCAUUCAUUAGUCAAGUAGCUAUCGGGAAAAAAGACAUUGUCACGAUUCUUGGUGAUGACUAUCAGACACCAGACGGAACAGGUGUUCGUGAUUACAUUCAUGUAAUGGAUCUUGCCACAGGACAUGUAUCUGCCAUGAACAAACUUGAAAAAGGAAAAUUUGGUAUAAAAUUUUAUAAUCUUGGAACUGGCAAAGGAGUUUCCGUUCUUCAGCUCAUAAAAACAUUCGAAACUGUCAAUAAAGUCAAAGUUCCUUACGUUAUUCUGCCACGUCGUGAAGGAGACAUCUGUGAAAUGUAUGCAGACCCAAAAUUAGCAGAAAAUGAGUUAGGCUGGAAAGCAAAACAUACAUUAGAGGAAAUGUGCGCUGACUUCUGGCUUUGGCAAACUUUAAACCCAAAUGGAUACAAACUUGAUACCGCUCAUACUAACGGACAUUGA